AUGGCGCCCCACGCAAACGCCCCCGCGGCCGGCGACGGCACCCCCAGCAACUCGCGAUUCCACGCCCCGUCGACCAAGAGCGCCAUCGAGGCGGAGCACAAGUACGCUGCCCACAACUACCACCCGCUCCCAGUCGUCUUUGCCAAGGCCUCCGGUGUCGACGUAUGGGAUCCUGAAGGCAAGCACUACAUCGACUUCCUUUCUGCCUACAGUGCCGUCAACCAGGGCCACUGCCACCCGGAGCUCGUCAAGGCCCUCACCGAACAGGCCGGCAGGCUCACCCUCAGCUCCCGGGCCUUCCACAACGAUGUCUUCCCCAAGUGGGCGGAGAAGGUCCAUGCCAUGUUUGGCUACGAUAUGGCCCUCCCCAUGAACACCGGCGCUGAGGCGGUCGAAACUGCCAUCAAGAUCGCCAGGAAGUGGGCCUACAAGGUCAAGGGGAUUCCUGCGCACAAGGCCCUGAUCUUUGGAGCCGAGGAGAACUUCCACGGCCGCACAAUGACUGCCGUCACCCUGUCGACAGACCCAGAGUCCAAGGACAACUACGGACCCUACAUUCCCAAUGUUGGCGCUACAUGCCCUUCGACUGGCAAGCCGAUCCGCUAUAACAACCUUGAGGACCUCGAGGCGGUCCUUGAGGCCCAUGGUAAGGAGACUGCCGCCUUCAUCGUCGAGCCGAUUCAGGGCGAGGCGGGAGUAGUUGUUCCGGAUGCCCACUACCUCGCCAAGGUGCAGGCUCUCUGCAAGAAGCACAACGUCCUCUUCAUCUGCGACGAGAUCCAGACCGGUAUCGGCAGAACGGGCAGACUUUUGUGCUCCGAGUGGGCUGGCAUCAAGCCAGACAUGGUGACUCUUGGCAAAGCCAUUUCGGGUGGCAUGUACCCCGUCAGCUGUGUUCUCGCGAGCAAGGAGAUCAUGCUGGUAGUCGAGCCCGGCACGCACGGCUCUACGUACGGUGGCAACCCUCUAGGCUGCGCGGUCUCCAUCCGUGCCCUCGAGAUCAUGGAGGAGGAGAAUCUCACAGAGAAAGCCGAGAAGCUCGGCAAUCUCUUCCGUGAAAGCCUGGCUGCCUUCAACUCGCCGCUGAUCAAGCUCAUCCGUGGCAAGGGUCUGCUGAAUGCGGUCGUCAUUGAUGAGGAGCAGACUAAUGGCCAUUCUGCCUGGGACCUCUGCAUGCUGCUGAAGGAGAAAGGACUGCUUGCCAAACCCACACACGGAAACAUCAUCCGCUUCGCUCCGCCUCUGGUCAUCUCCGAGGAGCAGCUGCGCAAGUCGGUCAGCAUUAUCGGUGAAGCCCUCAAGGAGCUGCCAAACUUGCCUCCAAGCACAGACUCGCACCACUAA